GGGGGUGGAGGGAGGGGAGGUUUUUUGACGGAUGGAGGUUAGCGGUGUUUUGUUGUGUUGUGUUUUUGUCCGGCCGUGCUUUACUUGUGGGCGGCAACAGGCAACCAAAACAAGGCAAAUAUGUCCCAGAAUGGAAAUUCUCAGAUAUUUGGCGAUGAGGAAACUGAGGUGAUGUCGCAAAAUUUUGAUGUUGUAUACACUGGCCAGAGCUGUUCUGAGCUCGAUGAUAGCAACCUUUUCUCUAAAGAUAAAGUUGAAGCAGAAGAGCGUGAGGGAACACAGGCUACCUCUCAAAUUGAAGAUAUAAUAUUAUUAAGAGGGCAGCCCAGUUCUGUAACAGGUGGCAUUAAGGUCUCCUCUCAGGAUGAGGAGAAUGAGAAUACAGAACCAAUGUCUCAAGGUAGCCAAGUGGUUUACACUGGUCAGACAUGUUCUCCACAUGAUGAUGGAAAUUCUCCUGAGGUGAAGAAAUUUGUUGCAAGAUUAGUGGAAGAAGAACCUACUGUAGAAGAGUCAUUUGACCCUGAUGCAACUUAUGUGGAUGAAAGCCUUCUUCUUCCCAAACACAUUCAAAAGACUGGUCAGCUUGCAUCUAAUACUGGAGAGAACUCUAAAGAAGAUAAACUUGUAGAUUUAGAGCAAACAGAUACUGGUAGCAGCUUGUCACAGGAGUUCACGCCGCCUCAACUUCAGCCAGAAACAAACCUUAGCAGCAAUAGUUGCCUAGAUACUACUCAAGUAUUAACACAAGAAAUGAAUCAAUCUCCAACCACCAUUUCAGAUGCAGUUGGAGGUCAAAGGGUAUUCCCAUCCCAAAGCAGUUCAGAACUAUUAGAAACCAAAGCGUCUGAUCUAUGCCAGGGAUUAAGUCAAGAGGAUCGAUCAAGUCUUGCUACUUACAGCUCAAGCAGUUCCAGCCAAAUAGUUUCAAGUAGCUCAAGUAGUAAACGACCAACUGAUUCAGAUGACACUGAUGAAAUGGUUGGCUCUCAAGAUAUGUUUGCUAGUCAAGGCAGUUCCCAAAAAAGUGUUUUGACCACAUCACAAUUCAUGCCAACCCUCCAACUGUCUGGAGAAAUUCAGUCUUCCCAAGGAUAUGAGGGGUUUGUGCCAGAUCGUCUACCCUUUACCUCUCCUACUUGCCAAACAACAUCAACACCUUUGAGUAAAGUUACCAAAUCACAUUCAAACAAUCUGAGUGGGGAUGUUAUUGCUCUCUCUGAUGAAGAAGAUGUCCAGAAAGUCAAUGAAAAGAGGAAACACUCAGAUUCAAGUGAUGACAGUAGAUCGGUUGAUAAUAAGUUUAAAAGACCAUGUGUUGACAACAGGCAGAGUGUUGUAUUUCUUCAAGAAUUUAACUCACCACAGAGACAACCGUCAUCAGGAUCACCGGAUCUUUCUCAUGGUUCACAAUGCUUUAAUUUGUACCUAUCUCAAGUAGAAACAGAUGAAACAGGAAGUCAGAAUACUAUUAGUCCAAGUCCACCUUCAAACUCUGUAAAAUCACAGACAGAGUCUCAGGUCACUGUCUCCCCAAAUAUGAAUUACUCCAAAACAUCAAGUCACAAUACUAGCGUUGUGCAAAUAGAUGAUAUGGAUGAUGAAAUUCAGUUGGUAUCGCCAGUGACAAAGUCAAACUCGCUUGGGGAAAUUCAAAUCAUGGAUUUCAGUGAGACUAAGCAGGGUAUGAGUACCUCUGGAGAUAUUCAAGUUUUAACACCUGUUCAGAAGAAAAGUCUACCUGAUUUAAAACUGUCUCUUGUGGAAGAUUCAGAAAGUUCAAAAUUUAUUAAAAAUGGAAACACUAAUAGUCUAUCCUCUAAUUCGAAUCUUGUUAAUGUAGCUUCCCCCAUAGAAUCACCAAGUAAGGGUUUGGAACUUAAGGAACAUAAGCCCUCAAAUGAGGACAACGAACAAAACAUCCAGGAGUUUAGCAACAAAAUGAUCAUGACUUUCACUUGUACCUACAGUGUAUCAUGCCACACUACCAUUGACAUGAACAAGAAAAAAACUGUGUCAAACUCAAUUUCCUCUUUUGAGGUAUUAGAAAGUAAAACAAUUGAAAAGAGGGACUCAUCUCCUAGUGCUGUUGAGGAGUCAUCCCCUGGAAGAGGUGGUUCCCCUGGAAGUGUUGCCAGUGGGCCAGGUCCUUUUCGCUUGCAGCCUUCUCAUGCAACUCGUUUCUCAAUGAUGUCAACAACGUCAAGUAGUUCUGCAGGCAGUUAUCAGUACCAUCAAGCAUCUGCUCGUCGAGGACGUGCAGCAGUUCCCCAGUGGAGAGGUGGUGAAUCUUCUACAAAAGGACCUGUCCCGUGGCAAGAACUACUUCAGCAGUACCAAGACGAGCUUGCCCGUUCAGGUGCACCUCUUCUUGAAAAGUGGGGAUCUUCUCCUAUUGUCAACUCAAGUUCAGAUGAAGGCAAGACAGUCCAUGAAGAAAAAGGACUUGAGACUGUUCCUGAGGAUGAUGGGGAGGAGGUACUAGGUGUUCCUGCUAGUAAUUCCAUAAAAAUACUUCAGAACCCCAAGCGAGCCCUUAGAAAUGUUUCAAGCUCUACCACAGUUCAAAGGGAUCCUGAGAAUGAAAGUUUAGUGAAAACUGAAUGUGAAACACCCACUUCAAAGCGGAAAAGAGGCAGACCUCCAAAGGCUGCCACACCAUCUCGCACUCCUAGUGGCUCCACUAAAAAAAGGACUGCUACUCCUAAUAAAAAAAAAGGAAGUGAAGAAACUUCCAGCAUCCCCGAAGAAUCAUCUAUGAGUUCUGGGUCCUAUCAUUUUGCUACUGGCACUCCAGUUUUUGCUCUAUGGAAUGCUAAAGACAAAGCAGGAAGAAGAUGUUAUUAUCCAGGGCACAUUGAAAGUGCAACCCGAGCAAACCAGUGGACUAUUGCAUUCCUAGAUGGACUCAAAAAUGUUUCGAGCAAGAAUGACAUUUUGAUCAUUAAUACUUUUGAAAUAGGACAGUCUCUUCUUGUGAAAAACAAAUCUGGUGAAUAUUGUGAAGGCAAAGUAUCAGAGGUGACGCCACUUAAAGGAGGGGAAGACCUCUUCACCAUUGAGCUUUUGAGUUCGUCAGAUAGUCUAGGCAAUAUGACUGUCCCCAUUUCAGAAUUAGCCUUGACUGAAGAUCAGGCUAAAUUGUGGAUGCAUGAAAGACCAGCCUCAUCACAAUCCUCUUCAUCACCUACAAAACGAUUGUCUGCUUCAAAAAUGAGCAGCAGUGAGCAAGAAAUUCUGAAGAACUUGGAUUUAUUACACGAUCUGCCGGGCAGGCGAGUUCGCACUCCAAAAGGGAGUCAGGCCACAGUAAGCAGCCCUGCGAGAGCUGGGCCUUCCAACACAUCACGCAGAUUGAUUGCUGAUAGUGGUGGCUCUUCUACUGCGGAUGAAGAGCCUUUAGCCACCCUUCUUGCCAAGGAGAAAGUUGGACCUUAUUCUCAAGUGGUGGGUGUGGAACUUGAACAAAGAGGCUUUGCAAGUGCUGAUCCUCUUGCUAGAAAGGGCAAAGGAAUUAAGAAUAGUUCGUCAAAAAAGCCUCUUCCGGACAUUGAUAAUGAUGAAAUUGUUCAACAAUUGGGACCUAUUCCUCCAGAUGGCAGCAAAAUAUUUUCAGGAUUUACUUUUAUUUUAACAAAAACUGACAUGAAGCCCAAAGACAGAAGAGAGCCUGUCACUGACUCUGAAGUGACUGCUACUGAUGGUGAAGAUCAACAAGGAAGUGAUGUUAGUUUGCAGUAUCCAUCAGACUCUGAAUGUUACAAGUUUACUCGAUGUCCAAUGGUGAAGGAUCGAUUAGCACGUCAGAUAACGCAAGGGGGUGGAAAAGUUUUAAAACUUUGGACAGAUAUUUUGACGAAGGACAUAAACAGUACCUUUGUUGUGUCAGACCGUCCUUGCCUGACACCUAUUUACUUGCAUUGCCUUGCAAGAGGUGUCAAAAGUAUUAAUCAUGAUUACAUUAUUGAUUGCUGUAAGCAGAACACAAAAUUUUCCUCCAACUUUAAAAAUAACUUUUUACCUGUUGGUUAUUCCCAUAGUAAGCAAGACUUUGUUUUAUGGCGGGACCAUAAAUCCAAAUCACCUUUGAGUAGGGAGAACAUCCUCGUGGUAGGGGAAGAAGACAAAACCUUUAAGGCGUUCUGGGAAGAACUUCUUAGGCUCACAGGAGCUAAAAUUUCUUCUUCCAAAACUUGUAGAGGAAUGACCACAGUUACUAAAAUUAUUUCCGACAACCCUUGUUCAGAAACAAUCUUAGCUCGUGCAGAGGAGCUCAAUAUACCAGUUUUGUCACCUGUGUGGAUAACGCAGAGCCUAAUUGAAAACCAAAGCCUUUCGGUUGCAAAAUUACCUUCUUUUUCACAUGAUUAUGUUGAAUCAGAAUGAUGCACUUAAAUAGAUCUCUACUCUUUCUUGGUCAUGAUUUUUUUUUCCGUUUUUUUGUUUUUUUUUUGAAGAAGGAAAUGGAAUGGAAUCAAUCUUACUAUUUUUUCAUCAGUGAUAGGUUUUAGGGGUCGCAUUGACAGUAUUUUGGUCAGAUUUUAGUGUCCAUUACAAUGCCACUGCCUUUUUCGUUUUUUUUUAAUGUACUGAUUCUGUUUUUUAAUUUAAAGACCACUUUUACUUUUAAUAUGAUGGUAGUUAGUUUACAAUUAGCUUCUAUCCAUUCUCUAUUUUACCAGAUGGAUUCGCCCUGUUCACAUCUGUAGUUACCACAGCAACCGCGGUUGCAUAGCUUCUCUGACCAAGCAAGCAUGCAACCCGGCUGGAUGCGUGCGUUGAGUCUACUUAUGGAAGUGGACGGGACGAAUUAGCCACCUGUUUGAGAAGUAGACACAACUUGUGGCUUCUCAAAGUGAUAUGUUGACAUACUUUAGUCUUCUCUUUUUAAUUGAGGAACUGUAUUUUUUAACUUACAAUCCAUAUUUUUAUUAGUAGGGAGUGUAUUUAGGCGCUUCUUUUGUAUUGGCACAGUUCAGUGCAUAUGGCUUGAGCCAUACAUUUAAAAGUAUGCUUAAUUAUAAGUACAUGUUUUGUGGUCAGACUAUAUGAACUGAACUGUGCUCUUUCAUGUUAAACAUAAGUGUUAUACAUUAAAUUUAUGUAGCAUGCUUGCAACCAAUGUAUGAAAUUGUUAAAACUCUAAAAUAAACAUGUUUUAUUUGACAUGA